AGAGGGAGAGAGAUAGGGGGGUCGACAGCGCUGGUGAAAAGAGACGCUUUCCUGAGCUACUUGGAAAAGCAACGCCAGGCUUGACACAGUGUGAGUGAUGACCGUGGCGCAGAGAGACUCAGCAGAGCGGGAGUAAAAAAAAUUAAAAUCAAAUAAAAAAUAAAAGGCGGAGUAAAAGACAGAGAGAGAGAGAGAGAGAGGAGAGGAAGGGGGUCCGUUUGUGGAUACCUGCGCGGCUCCGCUCCGGCAGCAGGUGCGCUACGAUCCCUCUGAAGCGAGAGUUUUGUCUUUUGGUCCGGAAGAGGGAAGUGAGGGAAGAAGAGAUCUUUCUGGGAUUAUUCCUCCUUUUCCCGCCCGGUCUCAUCUGUUUUUCAGCCACUCUGAGAGAAAACUUUCUCCUUGUCUCUUUUUCUUGACUCAAAACCUUUUAUUGGGAGCUUCUCCUUUUUUUUUUUUUUUUUUUUUAAAUUCGUGGACUGGUUCACUCAACGCGGAUUACUCAGGACAUCAUCUCCAGAGAGGGAGAAUUCAUCUGAACUGCAAACUUGUGUAUUGUGACGCGAAACCGGAGCCAUUUCCUUCCGAUCUGUGUAUGUGUGUGUGUGUGUGUGUGUUUUAAUGUGUUGAGGAAGAGGACAAUGUCUGGAUUAUUACAGCCGCCGCUCAGCCUGCCUCAGGGAAGAGGUGGGGAGUAAGGGAAGCAGAGAGAGAGAGAGAAGAAGAAAAAGAAGAAGAAGAAGAAGAAGAAGAGGAAGAAGGGGGGAAGUCGGUGGCGUAUGGCUGCCGUCCACUAGUUCGUUAGCGCCUUUGCCGCUCGGGCUCUCUCACCUCCUUUUUACUGGAUACACGGACACACACCAAGAGACGCACGGGGAAGGACCUGCGUUGACACACUGGGCCAGUGGGAGGUGACUGUCAGAAGAAAUGCCGGUCCCAGGUGCCCUAGUACAUCACCACCGGGACCAUGGCAACUCCUUGGCCAAUGAGAAAAGAGAGGUGCUCCCAUGGCUCCACCUGCCUUGCUAGAUGGUCCGCAUCCUCCUUGAUGCUCCUAUGGUUGCCGUGGGUGUUGCUAUGGCAGCCGUGGCCGACCCGAGCUGAGCAAGUCGGCGGCGGCGGACAUGGUGGGAAGGCGCUCCACGGUUCCCUAACGUUUCCCUCGUCCUCGUCAUCUUCCUCCUCCUCGUCCUCGUCCUCCUCGUCCCCCUCCGGCUCCUCGUCGUGGGGCUUCAGCACGAGGCAGAGUGGGGGACAGCUGGACUGGCUGCUGUCGGAGAAGGGACCUUUCCACAGAUGUCCGGAGUACACCGAGUUCAGAGAGAGGUUCCAGCAGGGAUUUUCUACCAGAUACAAGAUUUACAGGGAGUUCAGCCACUGGAAGGUGAACAGCCUGGCCACAGAGAAGAGAGAUUUCCUCAAAGCUCCGUUGCCCUUAGCGCCAGAGUUCCUGCGCAACCUCCGGUUACUGGGGCGACGACCAACCCUGCAGCAAAUCAACGAAAACCUCAUCAAGAAGUAUGGGACCCACUUCCUAGUUUCUGCUACCCUGGGAGGAGAGGAAUCUUUGACCAUUUUCCUGGACAAGCAGAAGCUCAAUAAGAAGUCGGAGGGUAACAGCAACAACUCAGUGGUGUCUCUGGAGCUGCUCCACCAGCUGGCGGCUUCCUACUUCACAGAUCGAGAGAGCACCCUGAGGCGACUUCACCACCUCCAGAUCGCCACUUCUGCAAUCAAGGUAACUGAAACGAGGACGGGUCCCCUCGGCUGCAGUAACUACGACAGCUUGGAUUCAGUUAGCUCUGUGCUGGUGCACAGCCCGGAAAAUAAGAUCCACCUAAAGGGCUUGCAAGAUGUCCUGCCAGAGUUCCUGCGUGGGCGUUUUGUGGAGGCAGCCCUCAGCUAUGUGGCGUGCAACUCGGAGGGCGAGUUGCUCUGCAGCAACAAUGACUGCUGGUGCCGGUGUUCCUCCCGCUUCCCGGAAUGCAACUGUCCCUUCGCUGACAUCAAGGUCAUGGAGGAGAACCUGGAGAACAGCAAAGAGGCCUGGAGCAGCUUCAACCAAGAGUUCAUGGAAUCAGAUGAAUUCAAAGCCUUCAUGAAGCGCUUGCCCACUGACCGGUUCUUGAAUGUGUCCACGAUUGCCAAGUUCUGGUCAGCCGACUUGUCCCUCCAGAAGCGCUACACCCAGCUGGAGUCCAGCACUGCCCUGGUCCUGGGAAAAGCCCAGAAGAUCGUCAGGAAACUGUUCACCCUGAGUAAACGCUGCCCCAACCAGCCUCGCAUCAGUCUGCCCCGAGACAGGUCCGUUGGGUUUUGGUUGAGAAGGGCCCAGUCUCUGCUGUACUGCAACGAGCACGGAGUGCUGGGCUCCUUCUCUGAGGAGGUGAAGAGCUGCAGCUGCCCUGCGGAGCAGCCCACCUGCCAGGGAGCCGUUCCCUGCAUUGUGGGCACCUCCCCCACCUCCUGCUCCUCCUGUGCCAUUGACAACGCAACCCGCUGUGGAGCCUGUCACCAUGGCAACCUCCUUCAUCUUGGUUCCUGCCAGCCGAGCAUUGCCGCAUCCCUGGACCACUAUCUGAACUUUGACUUGGACAUGCCUGAUGCUGAGGUGAAGUACCUGCUCCAGCGACUGGACAGCAGAAUAGAGGUCCAUGCCAUCUACAUCAGCAACGACGUCCGCCUGGGAAGUUGGUUCAAUCCUGCCUGGAGGAAGAGGAUGUUGCUGACGCUCAAGAGUAACAAAAAUAAGUCCAAUCUCAUCCACAUGCUGAUGGGCAUUUCUUUCCAGAUAUGCUCGACUAAGAAUUCAACACUGGAGCCCGUGCCUGCGGUUUACGUGAAUCCUUUCGGUGGGAGUCACUCAGAGAGCUGGUUCAUGCCAGUGACUCAGCCCGACUUCCCCGACUGGGAGAGAACUCGACUGGACGCCGUAGUCACGGCACAGUGCUACAACUGGACACUGUCUCUGGGCAGCAAAUGGAAGUCCUUCUUUGAAACAGUGCACAUCUACCUGCGAAGCCGCAUUGUCACAGAUGAUCCAACAGUGAAUGAAACUCUCUUCUAUGAGCCGUUGGAUUUGGAUGACCAGACGUCCAACCUUGGGUACAUGAAGAUCAACACGCUGAAAGUGUUUGGAUACAGCAUGCACUUUGACCCUGAGGGCAUCAAGGAUCUGAUUCUCCAGCUGGACUACCCCUACACGCAGGGGACACAGGACGCCGCGUUCCUGAUGUUGUUGGAGAUGAGAGACCGGAUUAACCGGUUGUCUCCACCGGCGCCGCAGCCGCUAGACCUGUUUUCUUGCCUGUUGCGCCACCGGCUCAAGCUGUCGGCCGGAGAGGUGGCGCGCAUCAAGGAUUCUCUGCAGAUCUUCAACUCCAAGCUUCCCAAUGCUUCUCCUGAACCUGAGCUGGCCCAGCUGUGCAGCUAGCUGUCUAGCUUAGCACACAAGUCAGGUUCAGGAGUGAUACUGCACUUGGAAAAUGGAGUUGCUGCUUCAGGGACAACCCUAGACUGAGUAGGGGGAGGUCCUGCUGUGUUGGCUUUAUGGACCCAAAUCGUCAGGAUUUAUAGAACAUCCACCUCUGAUGGCUUUUCUUUCGGUCGCUCUUGGCUGGUUUUCUGGUGUCACGUUUUUAUCACAAGUUGCUACCAGAGAGUAGAGUCAUUUUUGACGGGAGAACAGCUGAUGCUUGGACCCUCUUUCAGAAGCUCUACUGUACCAGCCCGGAGGCUUACGUUUGCUGUUACUGCCCUGCUAUUGGCAAACUGUACGACUGGUUGAAGCCAAGUGACUCUGGUUUUGUGAACUGGAACCUCUGAGAGCCGAUGUCAUUAAGUAUACCUGAGAUCUCUACCUUGCAAAGAUGAGGGCGAUUUUGAUAUGUAAAGAGGAAUUCUUAAGGGGGUCUUCAAAAACGAGUCAGCAGAAAAGGAUUUCCCCUUUUCUACGCCUAUUUUCUUUGCCUCUCGGGGGAAAGGGAAAAUGGGAUAAUAUUAUAUAUGUGGUGAAUGAGUUGUUAUGUUAUGCUUAACAGUUUAAAAUUUGAUAAUCCUGAACCCUGUUACUGUCUUUGAAUAUUUCUUUUUAAUCCCUGCCUUCCAUUUUAUCUGGCAUUUGAACACUUGUAAGUAUCUAUGCUUAACAUUUGAGUGAGAAGCCUGUUAGUGAUGUUCUGUCCUUGGUGGUGUGUCUAUACCAAAAGAAGGUGAACACAUCAGCAAACUAAAUGGCAAAAUAUCUUCAAUGUUGAGUUCUUUUUUUGAGCUGAAAAUCAUUAAGAAAUCUUCUGAUGUGGUAACAAAAAGGUCUGCAGAUACAAACGCUGUAAAUAAUGCUCCAUCUAACCCCAGGUGUGGACAAGUGCACAUUGCUUUUUAGAUAACCGAGUGCAAAGACCAAAAAAAUGUUUAUAACAAAAACAAACUCAUGCCUUAUAUGGAGAUUCAAUGUUAAGAUAAGAAGCACAUUUAGUUUUUGUGUUUGAUUUCCCAGCGAAGGCUGUGUUGCUUUUUAUAUUUCAGUAUUUCUACCAAGACAGAACAACAGACACAUUCUCCAGAAUACGUGGUAAUGUAGCUUUUCCAUGUAAAUGCCAGUCACACUUUCUGCAGUUACUUGUUUUGAUUUGAUGUUGUGAAACUUUGACUCACUAUUCACAGUGCACACCAGUACUUGCAUACUGUAAUUGUUCUGCGAAAUCCUUCUAUCUCCAAUCAGACAAAAUCUAAGUAACUGAUAGAACCUGUUUGAUUUUAUUAUGCUUUUAACACAAGGUUUUCAAUGUUUUGGUUUAGUCUCAGGUCAACGAAACUGUUUUUUUUGUUUGUUUGUUUGUUUGUUUGUUUGUUUGUUUGUUUGUUUGUUUGUUUGUUUGUGUUUCCGUUUGGGUUUUUUUGUUGUUGUUUUUUACAUGUGGGUUCAGUGUCAGCUGCGAGUUACCACAGCGACUGGACUUACAAGAUUUCUACAGGGCAGUGAUGGUACUCUUGAGAGCUCCUUAGCAGGAUGAUAAUUGAUAUGAUUUUAAAUUUACUUCACUAAUUUCUCACUGACAGUCAGUAAACCUUGUAUGUCAUUUUCAGCAGUUCUUCUGUGCUCAGCUUGCUUAAGUAAAAACAAAGUGGUUUAUCUA